AGUUCAGUCGAAGAGUCUAGAAGAGCUUCUUCUGCUUCCUCGGAAGUCUUCUUUCUACGACCAACCAAUCCUUCUGAGUUCCAGUUUUUCCGGUCCUAGAAUCCCUCGCUCGGUCACCGGCGAUCGGUGAACAGUAUCCAUGGCUCCAGGAGUUCCCCUCGACGUCUUUGGCGCCGCCGCUAAGGUCGCCACGCUCAACGCUGGCUACUCGAAGCGAGCGUACGUGACGUUCCUCGCCGGCAACGGUGAUUACGUGAAGGGGGUCGUCGGGCUGGCGAAGGGGUUGCGCAAGGUGAAGAGCGCGUACCCAUUGGUGGUAGCCGUAUUGCCCGACGUGCCGGACGACCACCGGAAGCUUCUCGUGUCGCAGGGCUGUAUUGUUCGGGAGAUCGAGCCCAUCUACCCCCCGGAAAACCAGGUCCAGUUCGCCAUGGCUUACUACGUGAUCAACUACUCCAAGCUCCGUAUUUGGGAGUUUGAGGAGUACAGCAAGAUGGUGUACCUGGACGCGGACAUACAAGUGUUCGAGAACAUAGACCACCUGUUUGAUCUGCCGGACGGGUUCUUCUAUGCGGUGAUGGACUGCUUCUGCGAGAAGACGUGGAGCCACUCGCCCCAGUACUCCAUCGGCUACUGCCAGCAGUGCCCUGACCGGGUGAAGUGGCCGGCCGAGAUGGGCGCACCGCCGGCUCUCUACUUCAACGCCGGCAUGUUUGUCUUUGAGCCUAGCAGGCUCACCUUCGACAACCUCCUCCAGACCCUCCAAGUCACCCCGCCCACCCCCUUUGCCGAGCAGGAUUUCUUGAACAUGUUCUUCCAACACGUAUACAAGCCUAUUCCUCUUGAUUACAAUUUGGUUCUAGCCAUGCUUUGGCGCCAUCCGGAGAAUGUCGUCCUUGAGAAAGUCAAGGUGGUUCAUUAUUGUGCUGCUGGAUCAAAGCCUUGGAGGUAUACGGGCAAAGAAGCCAAUAUGGACAGGGAAGACAUCAAGAUGCUAGUGAAUAAAUGGUGGGAUAUCUACAACGAUGAAUCUCUAGACUUCAAGAGCGGGGUUCCAGUUCCAGAGAUAGAGAGCUUGCCGAGGCCUUCUGCUCUCAUGGCCGACAUGCCAGAGCCUGCUUUCAACUUCAUCCCUGCACCUUCAGCUGCUUGAUCGAUCCUCCUCCGUCGUGGGGUCAAUGAUAUGUGGGCAACAGCCAACAUGUACAUUUGUUCUUCACAACCACGCAUCCACGCCUCGCUUCUUUUCUUUCUCUGUUUUCGUUGUCGGCGAUAACUGUUGGGUUUUCGGGGAGUCGGAUUCCCAUAUUGUAAGACCUUGUUCUUCUGGUAUAUAAUUUUUUUAUGUUCACUA